AUGAUCUCGGCCUUCUUCAUCUUCAACCAAAAGGGUGAGGUGCUCAUCUCGCGUCUCUUUCGCAACGACCUUCGACGCAGCAUCGCCGACAUCUUUCGCAUCCAAGUCGUCUCGAAUCCCGACGUACGCUCGCCCAUCAUCACCCUCGGCUCCACCAGCUUCUUCCACGUGCGUCACGAGAACCUCUACAUUGUCGCCGUCACCAAGUGCAACGCCAACGCAGCACUCGUGUUCGAGUUCUGCUACCGCGUCAUCACCAUCGGUCGAUCGUACUUUGGCGGCAAAUUCGACGAGGAGGCGGUCAAGAACAACUUUGUGCUCAUCUACGAGCUCCUAGACGAGGUCUUGGACUUUGGAUACCCGCAAAACUCGGAGAUCGACACGCUCAAGAUGUACAUCACCACCGAAGGUGUCAAGUCGGAGCAGGCGGUGAGGGAGGAUUCGAGCAAGAUCACCAUCCAGGCGACGGGCGCGACAAGUUGGAGGAGAGCAGACGUCAAGUAUAGGAAGAACGAGGCGUUUGUGGAUGUGGUGGAGACGGUCAACCUGCUGAUGAGCAACAAGGGGACGAUCCUGCGAGCGGAUGUGGACGGUGCCAUCCUCAUGCGUGCCUACCUCACAGGCAUGCCAGAAUGCCGCUUCGGGCUGAACGACAAGCUGGUGCUGGAGAAGAAUGACAAGAACAAGGGCAAGGUGGACGCGGUCGAGCUGGAUGACUGCCAGUUCCACCAAUGCGUCAAGCUCUCGAAAUACGACACGGAUCGAUCCAUCUCGUUCAUUCCACCAGACGGAGAGUUCGAGCUGAUGCGCUAUCGCUCCACCACCAACGUCAACUUGCCCUUCAAAGUACACGCCAUCGUCGAGGAGAUCUCCAAGUCCAAGGUGGAAUACACGCUCAACCUCAAGGCCAACUUUGAUUCGAAGCUCAAUGCGACCAAUGUGGUGUUGCGCAUUCCGACGCCGCUCAACGCCUCGACGGUCAAGUGCCAGGUCAGCAUGGGCAAAGCCAAGUACGAUCCGGCGGAGAACCACAUUGUGUGGAAGAUCGCACGCAUUCAGGGCGGAGGCGAGGCGAGCUUCGGCGCGGACGCAGUGCUCAGCAAUACCACGGUGCAGAAGGCGUGGAGUCGACCCCCGAUCGAGGUCGAUUUUCAAGUGCUGAUGUUCACCAGCUCGGGUCUGCUGGUGAGGUAUCUCAAGGUGUUUGAGAAGAGCAACUACCAGAGCGUCAAGUGGGUGAGGUAUCUCACGAGGAGCAACGGGAGCUACCUCAUCCGAUUUUGA